GCCCCACCCCCCGCAAGCGAGGGUGAGUAGCCCGCCAGCCGCCAAGCCCCCGACCCAUGACACAGCCCGUCGGCGUUCGUGCCGUCACUGUAAAAGUGUUAUGAGACCACGCCUUUCUCCUGUUCGACACAACUUAAAGCAGGUGACUUAUAUGGAAUCAUCUUGGUGGAAGGGUGAAAGUGUGUAGCAUCAGGUGUAUUCGCCUGCAUCUAUUAAUGCCAUACGUUGUGACUUCAAUGUCCAGAGUUCAGCGCCAGUGAUAUUGCAGGAGUCGGAAUUGCUUGAUACAUGUGCGCCUCAGUAACUUGAGUGCUGGCUGCGCUUUGCUGCUGCCAGGAAAGAGUCCGUUGGGAAGAACCGAGAAUGUAGAAAGCUGGUUUCUAGCUGCAACCGACAUUGUGAUUGGCUAGUGAUGAAGAUGGAAACUAAGGUAACAUGUAGGAAUACUAUAAUACUUUAGGUCCAGCCAGAUCUUUCCUGGCUGUUGAUCAUGGACGAAUUCUACUUUUCCUCAGCUCAAUCAGCACCACUGAAUGACAACCAACCAGCUUGGAUAGAUGCAAAUACAGCAGCAAAGAGGGGGCAGCUUGCGCGCAAGCAGGCACGGGGGGCGUUCUUCGUGCUCGCCUGUAUCUUUGGGAUCCUGUUCUAUCUUGGUUAUAAUGAUGAGGACGCUGAAGAGCAUACACCAUAUCAUCCUCUGGGGCCACAACAUGGGACUCAUCAGUUUCUGAGACCACAACCCGUCCCUAAACCUUUUGAACCAAGGGUGCUUGCACAAAGGGACAUGCCAGAGUUCGCAGGCUCAAUGCUCAAGGAGUUGCGGGAGUAUGGGCCAGGCCCGUUCACACUGUUUGUCCCCUCCGACCUGGCCCUAAUUACCCUGGCCCAUACCAUCUUCGGUGACACUGGAGAUUGGCGGAAUGUACCUAGGUUGCUGCCUAGGCUCCUCCCGUUCUACACUGUCGAGGCUCAGAUUCUCACCCGUGACAUACCCGCCCGCCGCGCGGUAAUUUUACGUUCUUUAAACGGGUACCCUCUGCUUUUCCUCCGAGAGGGGAAGUCCGGCCGGCUCACAGUGAACGGCGUCCGAGUCGGCGAUUCGGACCUGCUUGCCCUGGGCGCGUUCGUACACUUUUUGGACCGGUCAAAUGUGUUUUCCGGGGUAGAGUCGGCCGUCCGAUCGGAGGCGAUUACGCCCGGGAAGGUUGUGAGGGUGAACAAAGAUGCUGAGGCGAGAAGAAGAGGGGAAAUUUCUAGGGAAGUAAAUCAGACGGCGGAAGAUUUGGAAGAGGAGGGGAUCGUGGCUGAGUAUCUGUUCGAAAGGGCGGAGAUCGAAGCGGAAGGGUUACCAGAAUUAGAUCCAGGAUGAACCAAAACGUCAGGUACUGACAUUCAAUAGCAGUUUCUCCUCAGGUUCCGAUUGAGUGACGAAAGGUUUUUAUUUUACAUAACACUUGUUACGCUGUGUCGCGCCACGACUGUGUUUAUUGUACAAAACGCUUGUUAUGCUGUGUUGCGCUCCUCGAAGGGCAUGCCUGAAUAGCGGGCUUUGAGGUUGACAGAUAGACAAGCGAACCAUUUGUAUUUUAACGGAAGUUAGGUGACAGUUGUGUACAAGCUGAGAGUUUUACCGUUCAUGGAAUCGAGAGAGCAUCGACAACAUCAAGUUGUCGUCUAACGAAGAUGUCGGACGGCGAACUUAGACUGAAUCGUUGACAUUGUUGGCAUCUCCGCGAUCAAUCAUCAGCUUAGUAUA